AUGUAUAUAUAUGCAGGAAGAUCAUGGAUCCAAGUGAAAUCUAAAAUCAAGAAGGAAUACCCCACAGUACAAUACGCAGCUGCCAUGGCUUUGCCACCUUUAUCUAUUCAAGGUGAUUUGGGAGUUGUUUCUGCUGCUGGAGUUAGAUAUGCAUAUCCACUCCUAAAAUCAUUUGCAAAAAUGGGACCUCAAGGUGUUCUUGGUGCCACAAAGCUUUUACGCCCUUUUUCAGAAAUAGUUGAUUCAUUGGGACUCAAAGAUCCUUUCAUUAGAAAUUGGGUGGAUCUUUUGUCUUUCUUACUUGCUGGAGUGAAAUCCGAUGGUGUUCUUUCAGCAGAAAUGAUUUAUAUGUUUGCAGAAUGGUAUAAACCAGGUUGUAGUUUAGAAUACCCUGUUGGUGGAACUGGAGCACUUGUUGAGGCUCUUGUUCUCAGAUUUUCCUUCUGA